GUUAAAUAUAAAAUAAAAAAAUUUUAUAUCAAACGAUAUCAUUAAACGUUUUGUAUUCCUAAAAGCAUCAUCAUCAUCAUCAUACAAAAUGUUUUAUUCAAUUAUCAAAUUUAUAAUUUUUUUGACAAUUUUUUCAUUCAUACAAGUCGAUUCACAAGGUAUUGCUGCCAGUCCAUUUUUAAGGGAUGGACGAUUUGGUGUUUAUCAUUAUGAUGUAACAGCAAUGAAAGGACGACAGGUUCAAUAUCCAAUACAUCCAAUGAUUUUGGCACGUCGAUCAUUACGUGAAAUGAAUGGAUUACCUAUAUCAAAAUCAACAUUAAUGUCAUUGUUUGAAGCAUCACGUUGGGCACCAUCAUAUUAUAAUGUACAAAGUUGGCGUUAUGUUUAUGCAAUGCGUGAUAGUCCGUAUUGGGACAAAUUUGUUAAUGCUUUAGUACCGGCUAAUCAAAAAUGGGCUCGUCAUGCUUCGGCAUUGAUUGUUGUUUUAUCCAAUAAAUAUCAAAUACAUAAAGGAGAGAAAAAAUUAGUGGAAACUCAUACAUUCGAUACUGGUGCUUCAUGGAUGUUAAUGGCAUUAGAAGGUACUGCUCGUGGUCUUGUCGUACAUCCAAUGUCCGGUUAUGAUAAAGAAAAAAUUGCACGUGCAAUCGGUUUAAAAUCGGAUGAUUAUAAAAUCGAAGCAAUGAUUGCCGUUGGUAAUCGUGUACGAUUAAUUAGUAAUGAAAAAAUUACAGAUCGUAAUCCUAUUGAUAAAUUUGUUAGCGAAGGUAUUUUUAAAGAAAAAGUUUAUCAAUAAAAUUAUUGAAUUUUUUUAA